CUCCCGCGAGCUGGCGGCCGGCGGCCACUGCGGCAGCGCAGCUCGCCCUCCGCCGAGCGUCCGCGCGCAGUUGGGAGGAAAGAUGUUCACUGUGCUGACCCGCCAACCCUGUGAGCAAGCAGGCCUCAAGGCCCUCUCCCGAACCCCAGCCAUCAUCGCCUUGGUGGUCUUGAUUUUGAGUGUUGUGGUGCUUGUGACCAUCACACUCAUCCAGUUUCACCAGAAAGAGGUCCUCCUUCCAGGACUGAAGUAUGGAAUCGUGCUCGAUGCCGGGUCUUCCAGAACCACCGUCUACGUCUAUCAGUGGCCAGCGGAGAAGGAGAAUAAUACUGGAGUGGUCAGUCAAACCUUCAAGUGUAGUGUGAAAGGCUCUGGGAUCUCCAGCUAUGGGAAACACCCCCAAGAUGUGCCCAAAGCCUUUGAGGACUGCAUGCAAAAAGUCCAGGGGCAGAUUCCAGCCCACCUCCAUAGAUCCACCCGCAUUUACCUGGGGGCCACGGCGGGGAUGCGCUUGCUGAGGUUACAAAAUGAAACAGCAGCUAAUGAAGUCCUUGCCAGCAUCCAAAACUACUUCAAGUCCCAGCCCUUUGAUUUUAGGGGUGCUCAAAUCAUUUCUGGGCAAGAGGAAGGGAUAUAUGGAUGGAUUACAGCCAACUAUUUAAUGGGAAAUUUCCUGGAGAAGAACCUGUGGCAUAUGUGGGUGCAUCCGAAUGGAGUGGAGACCACAGGUGCCCUGGAUUUAGGCGGUGCCUCUACCCAAAUAUCCUUCGCGGCCGGAGACAAGGUGGGGCUGAACAGCAGCCAUAUCAUGAAAGUGUCCCUCUACGGCUAUGUGUACUCGCUCUACACACAUAGCUUCCAGUGCUACGGCCGCAAUGAGGCUGAGAAGAGGUUUCUGGCCAUACUUCUUCAGGAUUCUCCCACCAAAACCAAUCUCAUCAACCCCUGCUACCCUCGGAAUUAUCUCACCACCUUCACCGGGAGCUACAUAUUUGACAGCCUGUGCACAGCAGACCUGAGGCCUGUCAGUUACAACCCUGACGACAUCAUCACUGUUGGAGGAACCGGGGACCCAUCGCUGUGUAGGGAAAAGGUGGCUUCCCUGUUUGACUUCACAGCUUGCCGUGACCAGGAAGCCUGUUCCUUUGAUGGGGUCUAUCAGCCAAAAGUUAAAGGGACAUUUGUGGCAUUUGCAGGGUUCUACUACACAGCCAGCGCUUUCAAUCUCUCAGGGAGCUUCUCCCUCAGUGCCUUCAACUCAAGCAGCUGGGAUUUCUGCUCAGAGAGCUGGAGCCAGCUCCCGCUGCUGCUGCCCAGGUUUGACGAGGUAUAUGCCCGCUCCUACUGCUUCUCCGCCCACUAUAUCUACCACUUGCUGGUGAAUGGAUACAGAUUCACGGAGGAGACCUGGCCCCAAAUAUACUUUAAAAAAGAAGUGGGGAACAGCAGCAUAGCCUGGUCUUUGGGCUACAUGCUUAGCCUGACCAACCAGAUCCCAGCCGAAAGCCCCCUGAUCCGCCUGCCCAUGGACCCACCUGCCUUUGUGGGCACCCUCGCCUUCUUCACGGCAGUGGCCUUGCUGUGUCUGACGUUCCUCGUGUACCUGUGCGCUUCAUCCGGGAAGCAGAGGCGCUCCCAGCAUGCCUUCGACCACACAGUGGAUUCUGAGUGAGCCUCCUGAAGCAGCUCCUGGAGCCUGAGGGCUGCCCGGAACCAGCCUGGGUAGCAACAGACAACGCGGGCGAAAUGUCCAUCUUCGGGAGAUGCGACUCAAGUCAAAUACCUAGGUUACGUGCCUCUCCGAUAACUAAUUUAUGCCAAAGCACCUCUUGGGGAGUCUCUCAACUGUUUAUUCCUCCAAAGACCCUACCACGCAAUUGUUGACCUACUGGGGAACAGAGGAGAGACAGGCCAUCAAAGUCAGGCUCUUUAUUCCAAGUGCCCUAGAGGAACAGUGAAUUGAGACUAUGACAGUUUAAUGUUGAAGAAUUGACCUCAGGGCUCGGUUUGCAUUUCUCCUUUCACAGAAACGCCAUAUUCCUCCUGGCAAGUUUGGAAGCUGGCAGGCACCCAUGAAGCAUUUGACACAGAUAGAUAUUUGACCAUAUAGCAUUUCACACGCUUUAUGAUUUCCUCCAGUUGAUUCUUAACUAAAACGUAGCAAUCCCAUAAGCAUUGAGCUCCCUCAGUCUACUAGCAUAAUAGCAUCUGGGGGAGAAGACUCCAUUCCCCCGAGGACAGUGGCCAUGGCCAGGCCCUGUCAUUCAGGCAGAACCCAAAGGACAGAGACGCACGGAAGGUCUCCCAGGAUACCGCAGUGGGAGUCCCAUUCAGGGCUCCGGUUGGUAGAUUGCAGCCCGUGUGUGUCUUCAUUCUCACCUCCCCUUCACGUUGCUGUGUCCUCCUAUAAAACAUUUACUCCUAGUGAGGCUACCAUGUUCCAGAUCUUUUUGCCUUUGCUAGGCUUUCGCUUCGGGCUGUUUUCUCACUGGGUCAUGGUGUGUAUGCUACAAUACGCCAUUCCGGCACGGGUACUUGCCGCUGUCCCAAGAUCCCCUUGCUUACCGCCUUCCUGGAUGGCAGGCCUCUGUGCGAUAGCAUCGUCCUUCUUCACUUUGGGGAAAGGAGAGGAGACCGCAGGGACAUCUCCUUCCGAUAGAGGAUGAGAAAGAAUCCAGCGAGUGGCUACAAACUGAAAAUCAACGUUAUUCCAGAUUGUUGUUUGUUAGCUGCAUGUGGAAUAAAGGACUCUUUAUUGGCA